AUGCUUAUGCAUUACCGGCAAAGAGGGCAGGCUCUAAUAAAGGAACUGAAUGAAAUCGAAUGCCUCACCGCGAAGUCAUCGUCUCAACUGCAGUUGCUGUCGGUGUCCAACGCUUUCAAAUUGUUGUCCACAAGACUUGAAUCAACUCGUUUAGUCUAUGCAUCGACCAUCGCUUCUGAAUCGGACGUUGUAGACGACGACUGGCGCAGGGACGCAUUAGGGAAUGCUUCGGUUAAGAGAGUAGAAAACGGCACCCAAAUUACAAAGGCAUCUGCUUGCGCAAAGGAAUCCACGACGGGAACUGCGAGUCACUCAACUGGCGUACCAGUUGCAGAUGCUAAUGCCGGAUACCGCGUGUUACUCGCUGGCAUUAAGACCAAAUUAACGGAGACGGAUUUGAGAAAGGCACUUUCGGCCUUUGGCCCUGUUGGUGAGAUCCAGCGCUUUCUCGAAUCUGACGGGAUACACACAAAUGGCCAGGGAUCCGUCACCUUUGGCACAUUGUCUGCAGCCGAAUCGGCUUUGGCGGCUUCACCAAUUACCAUUGGGACCUCUCGCAUUAUAUUGUCCGACUUAAAAAAACCAACCAAGGCGUAA